CCAUGUGUCUGGUCUGGUAGACCAGGAAGUCUGUGGCCCAGGAAUGGCUGGAAGAUGGAAAUAGUCUCUGGGCUCGUGUCCUACGCGGUGGCAAAGUUCGUCCUUAUCUCGCGUCUGUCUGGCAAAAAAGAUGCGGAGAAAACCAAAAAGAUGGAAGAGAAAGCAUUAGAGGUUUACGAUAUCAUUCGGACAAUUCGUGACCCGGAGAAGCCGAACACCCUGGAGGAGCUGGAGGUGGUUUGUGAGGAGUGUGUGGAGGUGAAAGAGCUGGAGGACGACAAAUAUCUCGUCGUCAUCCGCUUCACCCCCACCGUCCCCCACUGCUCUCUGGCCACGCUGAUCGGGCUGUGUCUACGGGUGAAGCUGCAAAGAUGUUUACCGUUCGAACAUAAGAUUGAAAUCUACAUUUCUGAAGGAAGCCACUCUACAGAGGAAGAUAUUAACAAACAGAUCAACGACAAGGAGCGAGUAGCGGCAGCAAUCGAGAACCCGAGCCUGCGGGAGAUCGUGGAGCAGUGUGUGACAGAGCCCGACGACUGAGCCGUUGGGAAAACCACGUGGAGAAGCUCUCUCUCUCUCUCUCUCUCUCCCUGUGGGCUCUCGCUGCUUGUCAAGGUCCCCGGCUCUGCUGACCUAAAGACAGCCAAUAACACUCUCUCGCUCUCUAUGUCUUUCUGCAAUAGAAACUUUAAUGCACUGGCUAUAUAUAAACAUAUAGCCCACCCUUUGACAAACAAGUGUUAUUUCAGCUGUAAAGAGGCAAUCCCACAGAGCACUGAUCUGAAGAGGAGAUUUUUCCGAGUGUCCAGCGUUACUCCUGAACAUUACUCCUGAGCCCAAACCGCAAGAAGGUACUAUUUCACUUGACAGGAUUCCAGUUUGAGGCAACAAGCUCUACACGUCGCUUGCCUGGAAUCAAUGGCAUCUCUCAGGGAUGAGAAAUGCGUCCUUACCUUUACAUUCAAAAUAAUCUCAAACGCCCUUCAGAACAUCCGCCAGAUUGUUCAUGGGUUUGUUGGUGUUGUACCUAUUCCCCGCAUUUGUUGUGCAGACAGAGAGCUGAGAGUGGUAACAAAUUCUCUGGUUGCGAUUCCAAGUGACCUGUAUCCAGUCAGAUAGACACAGUGGUCUGGAUCUCUGGAUCGAAAAGGGCCAAUUUGCUGUGUUCUUAUGCAAUGUAUAAGCCACCUCCUACAACUGGAGAGAGAGAGAGAGUCUUCUCCCAACCCCAGGGGCCCAUUAUUCCCCACUUCCCCCACCCCUCAUCCACAGUAUUACGUCCAUCGCUCACCACCCUGUUAAACAUUUGUAGGUUGUUUAAUGAUAUCUAAACACCAACCAAUAAGCUCAAUUUGGUCACUCAAUCCACGACUGUUUGUGGGACGCUGCUGUGCAUAAUUGGCUGCCGCGUUUUGCCCACGUAAUACACAAUCAAUCCACUUCACAGUAUAUUGUGCCAAGUGCUUUGAGACGUCUCAACAACGUGACAAGGCCCCAUAUCAAAUGCAAGGAUUAUUAUUAUCUCAUGUUUCAGGAGCAAAGCCAUAUCCAUAUUUGGUGUAUAAUGCAUAAGUACUGGGGACGGAGAGCGAUCGGCAGACUGCAGGGCUGGGGACGCCUUCUGAUUUCAGGUUCUUUAUUCACUGCCCAGAAUGUGUGGUGAUGUACUAACAAGGGAACGUUUUAUUUCAAUAUUUCCUGUCUUGUGUAACAUCCAUGUGUCAGGCACCCACUGUAACAUACAAACCGCCCCCCCAACCCUGAGCCUUGGUUGUGAGGACAGGGGCCUCCAUUGCUGUGACUACUAUUGUGUACAUGAAAUCAACCGGGAAUUGUGAUUUUAAUAUAUGUAUUGUAUAAUCCAAA